GAAGGGCGAGCACUUAGAAAGGCUACCUCUAGUGCAGUCGCCAAGUUUUUGUGGGAAGAAAUCUUUUGUCGCUAUGGUGCAAUUGGGCAGGUCACUACAGACAAUGGAAGUGAGGUAGAAGGAGCAUUCAAGGAACUGGUCACACGAUACGGUGUACCUCAUGUCAAGAUUUCAGCCUAUAACUCUAAAGCCAAUGGA